AUGAAGACGACAAAAAACACAGAUAAUGAGACUGAGCUAAUUACAAACUUAUCACACCAUUUGUCAGAACGUAUGAGCAAAGAAAAUGAAGCGUUGAAUAAUAUUGAUAGUGAUAAGCAUUUUUUACUGUCAUUAUACGAUCGUUUCAAAGCCAUUGAUAAUAAUAUGAAAUUUCAAGCCCAAAUUGAGAUUAUGAAUGCUAAACCCUCCCAUAUUACUUCUGAAGAAAUGUAUUCUGAAAUUAUUGAUCGACAAGCUAGAAGUAGAAAUGUAAUCUGUUUUAAUGUACCUGAAAAUCUUUCUCAUUCUGCUACCAAUGAAACUCAGUCUAUUCUUGAAAUAUUUCAACAAAUGGGUACUCAGGAAAUAAUUCCAGCAAAUAUAUUUCGACUAGGAAAGGUCUCAAAUCAGUGUCGUCCUAUUAGAAUUACAUUACAAAACCAGCAUGGUGUUUUUACUGUGUUAAAAAACAAAAAUAAAUUACGAAAUCCGCUGGCGAAUCGUGACCAUCCGUGUUAUGUAGCAGAUAGAAAAAAGGUACCAGGUUUCUUUUCCGAUGAGACUGACGGCAUGACAGAGUUUUGCGCACUACGCGCAAAAUCGUACGCAUAUAAUAUAUAUGCAGGAGAAGAGGACGAGCGGAAAGAUAAUGAUGACAGAGUAGGAGGAGAAAAGAUCAAGGCCAAGGGGAUACAGAGUCAUGGGGUUAAGAAUCACAUGACGUUGGAAGACCACAGAAAGUGUUUAUUUGAUGAAGCUGGAGUGGAGGCAUGCAAUGAGAAUGUAUCUAUUCGCUCAUUCAAACACCAGUUGAUGACGAUAAAAACGAGAAAGCUAACUUACAACAGUUAUGACGAUAAGAGAGUGGUAUUGGACGAUAAAAUCCAUACCUUGGCUCACGGACACUAUAGUUUAGGGGAUGAUGACGAGCAGAUUGUUGAUUGGCCAGAUCAUGAGAUAGAUGCUGGUGGUCAUGAGUGGGAUGAAUCAGAUAAAAAUUUUAUGAGAAUGCUUUUACGGGAAUGCAUGUCUAAAUAA